AUGACCGGCGCCAGCAAGGAAUUAAGCCCGGAAAAGCAAUCGGCACCGCCGGAUGCGUCCGAGGUUGCAAAAACCAAGGACGAUAGCAUCAUGUCGCUGCUGUACUCGUUCGCGAAGAAGGUGGUUACGGUCGGUAUCAUCUACUUCGUCGGCUACAUGGGAUGGUCGGUGGCGUGGCUCAUCACACCCGUCAUCCUCUCGGUGGCGCGCGAAUCCUGGCGCAAAACGAACGACACACGGCGCAGCGUUGCGAAGGCAUCGGCACUCGCGAACGAUAAGGACGUCAUCCUGGCCCGUCUGCAUGAUCUGCCGGCAUGGGUCUUCUUUCCGGACGUGGAGCGUUGCGAAUGGCUCAACAAGAUCCUGAAGCAAGUCUGGCCAAACGCAAACUUUUAUGCGAAAAAUCUCAUCAAGGAAUCGAUUGAACCGAACAUCCAACAAGCGAUGGCAGCGUACAAGCUGAAUGGAUUCAAAUUCGACCGCAUGAUCCUGGGCACGAUUCCUCCCCGGAUCGGUGGCGUAAAGGUGUACGAUAAGAAUGUAUCGCGCAAUGAAAUCAUUAUGGAUCUGGAUCUGUUCUAUGCCGGCGAUUGCGACAUCAGCUUCGCGCUCAGUGGGCUGCGGGGUGGCAUCAAGGACUUCCAGAUACACGGCACGGUGCGCGUAAUUAUGAAGCCACUGAUUUCCCAGAUGCCCCUCAUCGGUGGGCUGCAGAUAUUCUUCCUCAACAAUCCGAACAUCGACUUCAACCUGGUCGGGGUGGUCGAUCUGCUCGAUAUGCCGGGGUUGAGUGACAUUUUGCGUAAGAUUAUCGUCGAGCAGGUGGCCGCCAUCAUGGUGCUGCCGAACAAGCUGCCCAUCGUGCUGAGCGACGGUGUGCCGGCGUUGUCGCUGAAGAUGCCGGAACCGGAGGGCGUACUUAGAAUUCACGUCGUCGAGGCUAAAGACCUGAUGAAAAAGGACAUCAGCGUGCUGGGCAAAGGGAAAUCGGACCCGUACGCCAUCAUUUCCGUCGGCGCUCAACAAUUCCGCACGCAAACCAUCGACAACACGGUCAACCCGAAGUGGGACUACUGGUGUGAGGCUGAAGUCAAUGCCAUACUCAGGCAAGAGAUUGAACUCAACCUGUGGGAUUGGGAUCCGGGUUUCCCCGGGGUACAGAACGACGAUUUCCUUGGCAGAGCGACUGUGGAAAUCAGCAGCGUUACCAAGAACGGUGAAAUCGAUACGUGGUUGACAUUGGAACAGGCCAAGCAUGGACUUGUGCAUCUUCGCAUGACAUGGUUCAAAUUGAGCUCCGACAAGGCCGAUCUGAAGCAAGCUCUGGGAGAAACGCAGCACCUGCGAGUGACAUCUAUGAGCACAGCUCUACUUACUGUUUUCAUUGAUUCGGCUAAGAACUUACCGCAAGCGCGCCAACAAUCACAACCAGACCCGUACCUGGUCCUGUCGGUCGGCAAAAAGAACGAACAGACCUCGGUACAGAUGCGCACGGAUGCGCCUGUUUGGGAGCAGGGCUUCACCUUCCUGGUGGGCAAUCCCGACAACGAUACGCUCCAGCUGAAGGUGAUCGAUCAGAAGACGGGCAACACGAUCGGCAUGCUCACGUACAUCCUGAGCGCGCUGAUGGAGAAGAAAAAUCUCGAGAUCAUGUCGCAACCGUUCCAGUUGCAAAAGUCGGGCCCUGAAUCGAAGAUUGUUAUGUCGCUGUCACUGCGCAUAUUGAAGCGUUACCGGGAGCAGGACGCGGUGGCCACCACUCCGGACAAGGCGCCCUCAUCCGAGGCGGACAGUGUCUUAUCACCGGAAGCGGCAGCCUUAUCCCACCAGGGAAGCAUCCGGAAGCAGGACUCGCGCAAAUCCACCACAUCGGCGAUAAUGGAACAGAUGUCGAUCCAGGAGGAACCGUUCGUGGUGUCGACUCUGAACACGGUCAUGAUGGCCACGCCACCCCGUAGUCCGAAUCUCAGCGACGGUGGUACGGAGCUGCUGCGUCGCAGUCCGAGCACCACGUCCUCUGCCGGUUCCGCUGGACUGGGACGGAUUCAGCUGACGGUGGCGUUCAAUGUGCAGCGCCAGCGGUUGCUGGUGAUCGUGCACAAGAUAAACAAUAUUCCGCUCAAGGAUCCCAGCAACAUACCGGAUCCGUACGUGAAGCUGUAUCUGUUGCCGGGCCGCUCGAAGGAAUCGAAACGCAAGACCAAUGUGGUGAAGGAUAACUGCGAUCCCGUGUUCGACACCACGUUCGAGUACAUCAUCUCCAAUGCGGAGCUGGUCAACUCGGAACUGGAGGUGACAGUGUGCACACAGAAGGGAUUCUUCGGCAGCCCAGUGAUCGGCAUGCAAAAACUCUCUCUCAACGAUCCGGACAUUUCGAGUGGACCAGGCAUCAAAGCUUGGUACGAUCUGCUGCCGGAGUCGAAAUUCGAGUAA